UAUUUGUGCACAUAAUAUUGUUAAUUAUUUUAUUUAUCCAUUUCUUGUAAAAUUAAUGAAUUUUAUCUAUUAUUAUAGCUGUAUUAGAUAGACCAGGAAAACCAAAUGUGUUUUGAGAUUUGAAUUAGACUAGUUUUGAUAAGUGUAACAAGUCAAAAAAAAUCGAAGUAGUUUUAGGAAUCAAACCACUUGGGAACUGUACAAAAUAGUUGAUUUAAGAUGGGAGGAUUGAUUUCAAUUAAUUUAGAAGAGAAUUAUAAGAAAAAUGAAAAAUUCCUACAAAGUCUCAAUGAAAUUGCGAUGGAGAGACAGAUACAAUUGCAAUAUCAAAUGCAAGAAAGACAAAGAGCACUUCAAAUAGCAAGAAGUCGGGAUAUAUUUCUAUGGUUUUCUGCAUUCUAUAUCACCGCAGCCUCAGGUUUGCUUACAGGUUUCAGACGAACAAAACGGACUUACUUAUUGGCACCUCUUGUACCGUUAACAUUUGUUAACUUGUACUACUGGGAUCUUGCAUAUGGCAACAAAUUGCAUAGAAUUAGAAUGGAAGCCGAGCACAUCAUGUCCCAUGAGUCUGACAUGCUGGAACUCCCCUGUGGUCUACCGUCCCCCUCCUCUGUAGACCAGGGUAGGAUGGACGCUGAGGAAAAGAAGAAAAUACACCCUCCCCUACCUUAAGUUAAUGUAUUAUAAUGUUCAAACUUUAUGGCAGCUUGGAUGUCGCUGUUAGCAUAACUCUAUACAGCUCUCUAGACAAUGUAAGAUUAUUAAUGCUGAAAAUUAGUGGAAUUCUCAAUUUUCAAUAUUUCAUACUUGUCAAAUAAUUAUUCCCAUGUAUUUUGACGUAUUUUAAUUAUUCUACUAAUGAUAUUGUUUAAACUUCAUUCUCAAUGGGCUGUGGUAGGCCAUGGGUUGUUGAAACAGAGCAUCCAUAGGGCCCUAUGCUCAUUACAGUGGUAUCUUGAGGGUGAUUUCUACACCAAGUGAAUAUAAAAAUGGACUUGUGUUGUCCUUUUGUGCGUCUGUUUGUGUCUGAUGCCUUGGGCAGUCACCCCACUCAUUGGUAAUGCUAAGUGUUGUUAUAUUCCGAGCUUCCUUAAAGUUUGAAUGUCACUGUAUCAAUUGUCCUGUGCCUUCACAGCUUUUAGGGCAGUUAUUCUUGUUAGAUUCCUUGCUAGUAUGCCAAUAAUGUUCAAAAGUAUUAAAAUUAAUUAUGAAAUGAAAUAUUUUCUUUUGAAUUUUUAUAUAUGUUAUAAGCAAUAAUG